AUGGCCAUGGAUAACCGCAGCGGAGGCAUAUUAGGCCUGGUGAACCCCUCCUAUGGCGCCUCAGACCCCGGCAUGAACGUCCCGCUGACCUCCAAGCCAGGCCUGUCACAGCUGUCCCCAUACUUGAACUUUGACCCCAGCUACCUGCAGACGACUCAGCCGGAGUUUAUUGCAUUGGAGGGACAGCCGCAGAGGAGGGGACGCUUCGAACUGGCCUUCUCCCAGAUUGGAGGGUCGUGCCUGGUGGGGGCUGGGCUGGGGGGCGGCCAUGGCUUGUACCGUGGCUUGGUGGAGACAGCUGCCUCUGGUCACACUGGCAAGAUUAGGAGGACCCAACUCCUCAACUACAUCAUGAAGCGCGGGUCAGCGUCGGCAAACACCCUUGGAGUCGUCGCGUUUAUGUAUUCGGGACUUGGCUGGAUGAUCUACUAUUUCCGCGGCAACCAGGAGGACCACCUAAAUACAGUCUCUGCCGCCACUCUCACCGGACUGCUGUAUAAGUCCACAGCCGGUCUGAAGAAGUGUGCGGCCGGUGGUCUGGUUGGAUUAGGCCUGUCGUUGGCUGUCGUCGCCUUCUCCUCCAGGGAUAAGCUCAAGGAUCAGUACGGACAUCACUUCUAGGUGUUUGUGGGGUGUUUGUGUGUGUGUGUGUGUGUGUGUAUAGGGUGUGUGGAGGUAGAGAGGUAGAGAGAGGGAGAGAGCAGAGGGGUGAAGAGAGAGAAAAAUGAAAGGGAGGAGAAAGAGAGAGAGAGAGAGUACCAUUCUGACGUGAGAGAAAGAAAAGAUAAUAUAUUCUUUAUUUCUUUUGUGAGAGAGAAAGAGAAAAAGAAAAAGGGAAAAAAAUUGUUUCUUCUUAUUUUUCUAUUUGUGUGUAUAUAUAUAUAUAUAUAUAUAUAUAUAUGAGAGAGAGAGAGAGAGAGAGAGAGAUAAUGUGCUUGAACAAAUGGACAGAUGUACACAGACAAACAGAGAAGAUGACUGUGUGUGUGUGUGUGUGUGUGUGUAGUAAUGAAAGUGUUGUAUUAAUAUGUUAAGAUCUCUUUGUGACAUAUUUAAAAGAAAAUUAAUUCAUUACCGAGAUUAUAGUGUUCUCUCUCUCUCUCUCUCUCUCUCUCUCUCUCUCUCUCUCUCUCUCUCUCUCUCUCUCUCUCUCUCUCUCUCUCUCUCUCUCUCUCUCUCUCUC